ACUGUGCUAGAUGGGAGUGCUUCAGUGGCAUGUGCUUGAUUUUGAGAAAAUCAGAACUCUUCAGGUUAGCACUAGGAGUACUCACCAUGUUCAUUUUAUGUUUACCUGAGUUUUUCAAAGUCCAUGAAGGAAGGUAAACAUCUCCCGUCUGAUGGCGGCUCAUCUGACUGGAGGAUGGCUGCCCAAACCACCUCCUCCAGUUGGAAGAAUUGGGUCUCAAGAGCCUACUCCACUCCGGGAUGUGACGCUAACACUGUAGUUGUAUCGUGCAUGGAUACCUGCUCAUUAAAUAACACCACCUUUCCUCUUUGUACUUUUAAUAAUUCUUGCAAAAGAUCGCUGCAACAAAAAAAAGGAAAUCAGACUGUCUUACUGAAGACCAUUGUAAAUCAUUCAAAUUUCCAAGAUAUUCCAUGUAUUUGCCUGUCCUCUAGUAGGGAACAGCAGUCAAAUACUAAGUACUCGGAGUCUGAAUCCAGCAGAGGUGUGAAUGUUGAUCAUCAAGAAUCAAGAUCAAUAGAUAAAAAAAUUCCUAAAGAAAAAGACUCAUCUGAAGUGAACACAGAAGAUGCUAUUUCUUUUUAUAAAUAUUUUAAUUUCACUAUGCUUCAUGCAAAUGAAGAAGUAGAGCAUAGUACCUACUACAUUCUGGAAAUCCACAUCAACAACUCCAUAGUCAGAGGAAGAAAUGCAGCUGAAGAAUACCUAAAUCACUCUUGUCUUAUGGCUAUGAUCGAUGACCAAAACGAAUGUAUGAAUGUUUCACUGCAACUGAAGUCUUAUGUGGAAUAUCCAAUGUGUAUGACGAAGAUCAUUUGGCUCAGUAUGAUUCCAGUUGUUAUCGUCUUGACUGUUUCAGUCGUCAUCUACAAAAUAGUCCGUGAAAAUGGCCAAAACUAUUGUAAGCACAGAGGAGCAGCAACAGUUCUUACUGUUCAAGGGAAAAGUGGUUCCAGAUAUGGAAUAAGAACCAUUUCUGCUACUAAAGUUCAUCUACUUCCUGCGAAGACCAACAAACAACGGAUUCCACUUACUGCACGGGCCAUGAAGAUGCUGCCCAUAAUUCCUGAACAAGAACACUGUCGUCUGAGUACAUCAACUAUUGAAGUCCAAAAGCAUGUGGACAUGUCACCUCCCAUCCAGAACAAGAGAUCAGCAAGUGGUACCAUAUGAAAUACAAUUUCUAUUGCAUGAAAGAAAGGAGCAGCACACCACUGAAGACUGCAUCUCCAUUUCCAGUUUGAGAACUCUGUUAUCCACCUUUUUUAGGAGAAUGCCAGCUGUGCAUUUUAGUUGAGAAGCUUCAUUUUAUCUAACAGAACUACUUCGUAUUAAGAAAAUAUGAAUGAUGGAUGAACACACUUUGCUUUAGAAUCAACUUCAGUAGUCAAUUAUGGAUUCCCAUCUAUUUUCUGUUCAUUCAAGAUUUAUGCUUAAUCAUAUGGUUCUGAGAUAAUCCAUGCAAUAAUUUAUUUUUCUACCUGGGAGGAAAUUUAUAUUCUCUAUGGAAUAAAAUGCUGAUAAAAGACA